AUGAGUACUCAACCAACCACAAAAGUCCGACUAGUUAGAUGUCCUAGAUGCCGACAGGUUCUUGCAGAGUUGCCGGAUGUUUCUCUGUACAAGUGUGGAGGAUGUGGUACAAUUCUCCAAGCUAAAAAUCGGAAAGAUGAAUCUAAUGAUCCAAAUGUACGUUUACAAGAAAGAGAUGCUGUUGUCAAAACUGAGCAGGAACGUGUUUCAGGAGAGAAGGAAGAGACUGGCUCUAAUCAAGAUUUAACUCCUCCCUUGAGUGGAGAAUCCUCUCCAGAAAAAGACAACUUGGGAGAUCACGGUGGACGUGACAAGAGCUUCUCUGAUAAUAUUUCUAGUCAACCUGAGGUUAACUGUUUUGAGAGAAAAGAUUCAUCUGCUGAGGCAAGAAAAUCUUUGAAGCAGGAUGAAGAUGAAUUUCCUUUGGAGCAAAAUACCAGCGGAUUAGAUUCCAGGUUUUUGCAGGAUUACAAUAGGGAAUGGAGUAGAGGCAGAAACUUAUCUGAUGAAUCUCCUAGAUCAAGCGAGUUUAAUUGUCAUAUGGUUGAUGGAUUGACCCAAGAAGUUAGAAAAUGUAUUGAAUGGAAUGACAUGAUUCCUUUGGACAAAUGCCACGGAAGGCAUCCUAUGGAAGUUGGAGAAAAUACCGAAGGGAUCAAAGGUCAAGAUCUUGUACCAGAAAAUGAUGUAAAGGGUUGGAACAUUUCAAAAAGCCUAAAUACUUCAUCACAUUCAGCUGGACGAACUUCUGAAGUCAAUGAGAAUACCAAGAUUCAUCCAACCUUUAGAAGCUUGAGCAAAGAAAUCGGUUUGAACACGCGUACUGGAGAUUUAUCUGUAGCUGCUGAAAGCCCCUUGAAUGAUAGCAUUGUGUCAGUCAAUUUCAUCACUUCAGAUGGUGAACGCGUGGAGCAUUCCUGUAGUCCUCAAAAUUUUGGCAGAGCAAGCUCGGUAGAUACUUUGGGAAGUUCGCCUCUUGUUGAUCCUAUUACUGAUCUCAGCGACAAACAUGAGGAUAUGUAUAAAUCUCCGACGAUCAGAAGUUACUAUGCUUAUGAUGGUAGUGUAUCAUCUUAUGAUGGAACUGAUGAUCAAAUUCCCAACCAUAUUUUACAACCAUCCAGAAGAAAGUUCGAGUUGCCUGAAACGAAAAGAUAUGAUCACACCAGUGGAAACAGGACAAGAUUUGAUGAAGAAGGUAUUUCUCGAUCACCAUUCAGUCCCGGUAAUUUCAUUGAAAGUCAUGGAAAUGGAAAAGGAAAACCUUCUAGUUAUCAGCACAAUCUUUUUGAGCACCAUCCAAGCUUUUAUUCACCAGACGAGCCUUCUAACUCUGAACCAGAUAAAAUGGACUUGUUGAGAAUGGUCUGUGAACUCAAAGAUCAGCUCAACCGGAUGCGUUUUACAAAUGAUAUGACAAACGGAGGGUUUCCGUCUAUCAUGGAUGAAAAGUAUACUCCGUUGUAUGAUGACCAUUUAGUACCAGAAAGGGAGAUGCAUGCAGAUUUGAACCAUCCUAGGUACCAUAUGAGGCACAGUCAAGUACAAUGUUGGCCCGGUCAUUGUAGGGCCUCGAGAGUGCCAUAUUCCAUGGACGCUACAAACUACAGUUGCCAAGUCAACUGCUCUUGUGUGCAUUGUUUUCCCCAAGACUGGCACUGCUCACCACAGUUCCCUUCAAAUUCCAUGUGCUGUGACAGCGUUCAUUCCCAUGCCUCGAGUUCCUCGACUCCCCCACAUUACAUGAGCUCUGAGGUUUCCUUAUUGGACGACGAGAUGAAAAAGUCAUAUUCGAGAGAGAAAUAUCAGGCAGCGAAGAGACAUAUCCGGCCUAUAGCUGGUGGAGCCCCACUUGUCGCUUGUUAUCAUUGCUCGGAAUUGUUGCAGCUACCAGCAGACUUUCUCCUAUUCAAGAAAAAAUAUCAUCGACUGAGAUGCAAUGCUUCGAGGCCGACAACUAAAAUGACACCACCGAACUGCUGA